AUGACAGUAGGUAAGUACUUUGGUGCGUGUGGUGAGGAAGAAAUUACUGUCAACGUACGAUAUUUGUGUAUCGAGGGUGUGAAAGACAAACGGAAGAGUAGGGAGAAGGAGAAGGAGGAAGAGAAGAAGAAAGAGGAAGAGGAGGAGGAGAAGAAGGAAGAGGAAGAGAAGGAGGAAGGGGGGGGGGGGGGGAGGAAAACGAGGAGGACUGAGGAGAAAGAGAAGGAGGAGAAGAACGAGGAAGAGUGGAGUACACGUGACAUGUCUUACUGUACUUGUGAUGAGGAUUCAGUCAUUCUCUUGGGGGAUAUCAGGCUGCCGUCAACUGGCACCGAACCGUCAGUUGUGCAUAGAAGAGAGAAGAACGCAAAGCAAAAUAGACAGCAAGCACAUGAGGACGAUGACUACAUGUUUGACGCAGUGGAACCGUUACCGCCACCGCCACCGGCACCACCACCAACACCAACACCAACACCAACACCACCACCACCACCACCACGGGAAGGUCGUACGUAG